CAUAAUCUUAGUUAUGCGGAAGUUAGACGGAAGCAGUCACUGACACCACCAAGGUGAUUGCGAAUUUGUCACGUCAAAAGCUGCGUCAGCAACGUGCUGUGUCGUUGUUUACUUGGCACUACUACUAAAUUGGCAUUGGCGACAACUACCAGAAAAUAACCUGCGAUGCAGAUAAAUGUAAAUUUCCUUUACCUACUCUAUCACAGAAAAAUUAUAAAAUCUUAAAAUGAAUACAAAAACUACGACUGUAAACGGGCCUACGAAUAGAAACCGCCAUAAGUUUUGCUUCCGUAACCGCCAUAACUUUUGCUUCCGUUUCCUAGCUUAUAGUGUUACCAUUCUAUUAUAUAUAAUUGGUUUUAUUUCCGGACUACAAGAUCAUACAAUUUUCCAGAACAUGUUUCAUUACUACAAAGGCUACAAAUAUUAUUUUUCUUAAAUAUCACGGAUUAAAUUUCUUCCCAUUAUUACAAACUUUUUGUUAUCUUUAAUUUGACAUAUUAAAAUGCAAAAGGAUUUAGAAAAGAAAUAACGAAGUAUCAACGAUGCAUAAAACGAAACGCAUCAAUAUGACAGAACAGCUGAGCCCGCUGAAAAAUUAUUUAUUGUGUUGACACCACAUUCCUCUCCCCAUCUAAAAAUGUGUUCAAUGUGUUGACACCGGCCAUGCACGGGACAGCAACCACAAAUAUCAUCAAGUAAUCGUGUAACAACCUCAAUAUCCAAUCUACUUAUAUCACAAAAAUGUCAGCGAGUAGAUUGGAUGCAGUUUAUCGUAGUAUACUUAUUACAAAAUUCUUCACUAAAGGAUGGGGAAAGCCUGAAAAUUUACGUCGGUUAUUCGAGUUUAGAAAAGUAGUAUCGAACCGAGAUGAAUGCUUCAAGCUCAUUGAGAGAGACUAUGCAGUUACUAUUACUAAGGAACAAAAACUAUCAGACUGCACACUUCUGGAAGGGUACUUUAUAUCACCACUGCACCGCUACCUGCCCGGGAUAGUGCCAGAAGUGGCACAGAAGGCCCACUUCCAGGUGCUCCUGCCUAUCCAUUGGCCGGAGAAAGGAGUUAAACCCAUGUGUUUGCAUCUGGCUGGUACUGGUGACCAUUUCUUCUGGCGGCGUCGAAAUCUCAUGGUGAAGCCGCUCAUCAAAGAAGCUGGCAUCGGCGGCAUCAUCCUCGAGAACCCCUUCUACGGCCUCCGGAAACCGAUGGACCAAGUGCGGUCGUCCCUUCAUAAUGUGUCAGACAUCUUCGUGAUGGGCGGAUGCCUGAUUCUCGAAUCCCUGGUUUUAUUCCAUUGGUGUGAACGAAACGGACUUGGACCUCUUGGUGUCACCGGUCUCUCUAUGGGUGGUCAUAUGGCGUCGCUGGCAGCUACAAAUUGGCCGAAACCCCUGGUGCUGGUGCCGUGCUUGUCCUGGUCAACCGCGUCUGCAGUAUUCCUACAGGGUGUCAUGUCACAAUCAAUAAACUGGGAUUUACUAGAAGACCAGUACCUCUCGGACGGCGAAUACCGCGAAAAACUCUCUAAAAUGGUCACCAUCGUCGACGAGGCUUUUCUAGCAGGAAAAAAAUUCGCACAGACCUACCACCCCACCACCCAUCCCGUCUCCACCACCGUUGACAUGGCUAAGAAACUAGACAUAACUUAUAAGGAGAAAAAUUUGGAAUCAGAUAUAAUAGAUAUGACGAAAAAUAUGGUGGACUUAAAUAAAAAAAUGCCAAAGAAAGAAACGAAACCUUUUCCGAGGGAGGUUUUGAUUCAGGAAUUGCAAAGGCUUCUGGAUGAAAAGAAAAUCAGUCAGCAGCUGUAUGAGAAGCUGUUGUCGAACGACAAGUUUGAGCUGAUGCCUCAAGAUAUCGAAGACAUCAACAAGUUGACGGAAGAGAAGAUUAAUGAGAUAUUGAUGAAGUGUAAAAUUGCCGAUUUGAGAACAACGGGUAUGGUCGAAAACAAAACAGAACCAGUGAAAACCGACCAAAAGACAACUAGCCUACCCAUUUUAAAACCACAAACACAACUACAACCAGUCCCAGAGACCAAACUAAUAAAAGCCAAGAGUAAAUCCUGGACAGUCUCGGAGAUAACGUCGGAUUUGUGGUCGAAUCUGCCUUUCUUGAAAAGUAAGAGUGAGAAGAAGAUAGACUGGAGCAAGGUGCAUUGGAGGGACAGAGAGGCACUGCAAUUCAUGAGAGGGAUCAUGGACGAGUGCACGCAUUUAAGUAACUUCUCUGUGCCAUAUGACACUUCGUUGAUUAUUGCUGUGUGUGCAAAACACGACGCGUAUGUGCCUCGCGACGACGUGGGCACGCUAGAGGAGAUCUGGCCCGGCGCCGAAGUCCGCUACGUGGACGCCGGGCACGUGUCCGCCUACAUCCUGCACCAGUCGCUCUUCAGGUCUUGCAUAAAAGAAGCAUUUGAAAGGUCAAAGAAAAAAUGGAAAGACGGCAAACAUAUUAACUGACGGUAGCUCACAUCCCAAACUAACUACGAAGUCUCUUCAAUAGGUAGCAAAUAUUCUCGCUGUACUCACUAACUGGACCUGGUUCGACCUUAUGCUUUUAUUAAUAAGGUUUACCAAUGGCCAGUUACUUGUGCCAACGAUGGUAUAUGCCUGGUUAAGGCGGUAUUCACAUAGCAUGCGGAUCUACUUGCCGCUCCGGUGUGCGACUGAGUUCGCUACAUGCAUAAUGCUAUCUCGCUUACAUACCGGACCGGAAUGCGGUUCCGCAUCAGUGUGGAAGAGUCGGACCAAGCUAACUGCGUGGAUUGCAACGAAAAAGUGUAUUGUCAUAAUUAAAGUCAAAUUUCUAUAAUAAUAUACGUUUAUAAUGACACUACCUCACUUUGUUAUGUUCAAGUCGGUGCGAAGUAAGGAAUGCGAACCGGUUUUUAUUUGUGAGAAGUUUCGGUUACUAUCCGGUUAUUAUUUAUUAACCGGUUUUUUUUUAUACAAUUAAAAACCGGUUUGCAUGCCCUAAUGCGAAGUUAGCUUAGACGGACUGUAACCGCGUUAGUUUUAGACUAAUCGAUAAGCAAAGAAACAUAUUUUCAUAUUGAAGUUAUUAGCCAAUUUAGCCAUAAAGGUGUGAUACGAAUACGAAAAAUUAUGCAAUAGGAUAGAUUGUUCGAUUAUAAUAUAGACGUGUGAUAUCUUUACAUACUAAGAAAAUGUACAAAUUAGAAUUAACGUGAGCUUAUGAACGUCUGUGUCUGAAUAACACUAAUAAUUAUUAAAAUGUUAACAUUUAUUUAAAAUCGCUCAAUGUCUAGUUGAUAAUGAACCUUGUACCCAUAUUUAUAAGGUGGAAAAUCAGACACCUUAGUUUAAAAUUUAAAACUUUUUAUACAAUUAGAUAAAAUAGUCAAGUUUGUAUAGUCAGCGUCAAAUACUUCGUAGCAGUCAAAGUGGCCAAAUAGUUCGGUACACCAUACUAAAUAUAUGGUGUACCGAACUAUUUGGCUACUUUGGAUGCAACAAAGUAUUUGACGCUGACUGUACUGUACUUAGUUCUGCUUCUGACUUUAUCAUGUGAAUGGUAAUUUUUAAGCCUAUUUUGGCGUUUGAACGUAUUGGAUAUUUUGUUAUAAAAAUCGGUAUCUCGUAUAUUGGGUAUGUGCAAAGAUAAAAUCAAAACCAUCACAGCGCAUGUUUUGACAUAAAUAUAUUUCUUUAUGACCGAAUUUUCUUGGUAUGAACUGUCAAGCAACUAAUGAUUUUUCAAAAGCCAUAUUAAAAAAGCCUUAUUUGUAUACAUAUCUGAAGUUGCGAAUUUCAAGGUAUAUUUGUCAAUAUUUUACGUGUGUGUGGAUAACAAACGUUUUUGCGUUUUUGUGAGACGAUCCUAGUUAUUUACACGUAUUUAUUUAGUCCCAGAAUAGUGCAUGGGCCUUUAAUUUAUUAUACUUAGAGCUCUUCUGAUACCGUUAUGCUUUUCAUAGAUUUAUUACAACACAAGUGUAGAUAGUGUAUUCUUUUUUGAGAUACGAAGUUAUAAUUUUUAUAAUAAAUAUUGUUUUAUGUUAAA